AUGAGGAGCAUUAAUCAGGGAACAUUCCCCAAAUCUUGCCUUCCCCUCUCCCUUUGGCUCUCCCUUUUCCCCUCCCUUUCUCCCUCCCGUUCGCUCUCCCUUCUGCUCUUCCUUUCCCUCUCCCUCACCCUCGCCCUUUCCCUCUCCCUUUCCCUCUCCCCUUGGCUCUCCCUUUUCCCCUCCCUUUCUCCCUCUUGUUCGCGCUCCCUUCUGCUCUUCCUUUCCCACUCCCUCUCCCUCUCCCUUUCCCUCUCCCUUUCCCUCUCCCUUUCCCUCUCCCUUUCCCUCUCCCUUUCCCUCUCCCUUUCCCUCUCCCUUUCCCUCUCCCUUUCCCUCUCCCUUUUCCUCUCCCUUUCCCUCUCCCUUUUCCUCUUCCUUUCCCUCUCCCUUUCCCUCUCCCUUACCCUCUGCCGCCAGAUGUUCACACCCAUGCCAGCAACACCCACGCGUGACCUUGUCGCAUCACCUGCGGCAGCCCCACCCAUUUCUUCUUCAUACAUCAUAUUAACCCCUGCAAUUGCUUCUCUUUCUGGCCUCGCAACCAUGCCAGCAACACCCACGUGUGACCUUGCACCAGCUGCCACGUAA